AUGUAUUUAUUAAUAUUAAGCAUAAUUUGGGUGAUCACUGUGAUUUCAGCUUAGUAAAAAAUUAAUAAUAAGGAAGAAAUUAUUGAUUCUUACGAUGCAGUUAUUGUUAAAAAUAUUGUAUUUUGAAAAAAUAAUAAAAUUAAGAUUAAUGUUACAGUUUCAGAGAUGGAUAAUAAGAAUUAUUUCAUUGAAAAGUGGAUUGAGUGGGAACUUAUAUGAUAAUGAAGUAGAACAAGACGAUAAAUAUAAAUUUAUCUGAAAAUUAUUGUGCAAACUUAUAAUAGUGAAUAAUAUUAUGACUAAUUAGUUGAUGAUUAAAAAGUAACGAUUUAAAUAAAAUAAACUAGGCUAAAACCAAUUAUAGAAAAUUCUAUGAAGAUUACAAAGCAAUUGGAACUCUUAAUUCUGAUUAUUUAGGUAUAGCAAAAUUUGUCUUAUGUGCAGAAUAAUUUAAAUAUUGUAAAUAAGAUGAUGAAAAUACAGAUUAUGAAAUAUGUAAUUUUUAUUGCAUAAUUUAGCAAAAUAGAUGUCCAAAAUAUAGUGA